AUCCAGCUCAGCAUUAGCUUUUGAGAGGAUCCCCGACCGUCUCGGUGGUGGUUGGUGGCGUGGAGCGGGAACGGCCUUGGAAAGUGUAUUGCGAAAAGGUGUGAGCUGCGGGAGGGCGCGUAGCACUUUGUUUUACGGAGCUUAUGUGACAGUGAGUGUGUUUUACAAGCGUCUUGCCAAGUGCGAUCUGACCCUGCCAGUGGUGUCCUGCAACGGAAUAUGCCCAUCAUGACCACGCGGUUGAAAAUACUUCUCCACUCGCCAUGGCAGUUUGUUCUGCUCGCAAUCGCUGCCGUCCAGAUUGUGCCUUUCUGCUCUGCAUUGCACCAAGGUGCGGCGGCCUCCGUGGCGUACGACGAGCGGCCGUCGCAGCUCGUGCAGGUUGUGCCGCUGGUGCGGCUGGCCCGCCAGGCGCCUGAAACGAACGGCAUCGGCGCCGACAGCCAGACCAACGUGGCCGCCCACCCGGCCGCCCCUAACGCGACUGCCUCGACGACAACCACAACCACAACAACCACAACCACAACGACAGUCGCAACCACCGCGACACCUGGCGCGGCGAGCAGCGCGGCGCCGAGCGGCGGCGCGGCGGCGAGCGGCGGCGCGGCGGCGACCCCGACGACGACGACGGCGCCGGUGACGGCUCGCCCCACGACGGUCAACUACACCACGUCGCCGACGCCUGCCGUGCCGCUGGCCAGCACGGAAACCAGCUACGAGGACUUGGACGCGUUCGUCAGCGGCGACCACCCGUACCACAUCAACGGCACCGACAUCGAGCGCAUCAAAAUCGAUGACCACAAAUACUACAUAUCUCACUUCAUGCCGAACGGCCAGGACUUCUGGGUGAAUCUAGACAAGCGACCGGCGAGCAGCGUCAUCCAGCACGACAUGCUGUCCAAGGCGCACCGGCGCGCCGCUCGCGUGCCGCUCAAGUUCGAGUUUCCGUUCUACGGCCACAUGAUCCCCAACAUCACCAUCGCCACCGGCGGCUUCCUCUACACGGGCGACUACCUGCACUCGUGGCUGGCGGCCACGCAGUACAUCGCGCCCCUCAUGGCCAACUUCGACACCACCAUCAGCCCCGACUCGGUCAUCAAGUACUCGGACAACGGCACGUCCCUGACGGUGCAGUGGGAGAAGGUGCUGCUGCAGGAGGCCAACAACACCGCCUUCAGCUUCCAGACCACCAUCCACAAGUCCGGCGACGUGGUGUUCGCCUACCGGGAUGUGCCGGUCGACAUCACCGGCAUCAACACGUCGGCCCACCCCGUCAAGGUCGGCAUGUCGGACGCCUACAUCAUCGACCGCAGCAUCAUACGGCGUGUGAAGACCAUCUAUGAGUACCAUCGGAUUGAUAUGAAGGACUUCCUCAUCAGCAACAACACGGCCGUGGUGUUUCACGCCCAGCCCACCUGCGUCUUCCUGACGACCUGCGAGAGCUGCCUCAAUCACCCCACCAUUAAGUUUGACUGCGGCUGGUGCGGCACCACCCAGCGCUGCUCGGACGGCCUGGACCGCAACCGGCAGCUGUGGCUGCAGGCCCGCUGCGAGGACAGCUACGUGCGCGACGUGGAGCAGUGCGGCUCGCCGGCGGCCACGUCGGCCGCCGCCUCGGCCCCCGCCGGCGGCACGCACGGUGGGGGCCUGUCGUCGUCGGCGGCUGCGACCAUUAUCGUGUUCAUCGUGCUGGUGGUGGCGCUCGCCGGCUGGGUUCUGUACGCGUACCUGUUCCCGCACUCCACCUCCGGACAGAUCCUCAUCAGGUACCGGCCCACCCAGUGGCGGAUGCGCCGCGGCGAGGCGCGCUACACCGCCGCGUCUAUACACAUGUAGUCGCCGGCAGCGCCUUACAGCGGCCGCCGGCCGAAGCUGCACCUCGGUCGACCGCCAGGCCAAGGGCGCUGGCGCGGGCCGCGGAGCAGAGCCGGCCGCGCCCCGUCAGCUGCCCGUGUUCAUCGUGUGGCAUUAUCGCCGCGACGGCGCCGUUCGCUCGGCAGCGGCGUGUGCUCGCGCCGUGCCUGGAGCACACAAGGUAUCGUCGCCGCAGUCAUGGGACGUCCGAAGCCGCCGCCGCCGCCGCCGGAAGCGGGACCCGUGUGCUUGUGAUAUUAUUUUUGACACGCAAACGUGCACGUGCCGGCGAGGCGCGCGGCGCGAGGCCACGGCAUGUAGCCCGCCGUCGGGUCACGCCAGUCCGACGGGGGGCCAGUCGUGUUGGGCCAACGGCCGUGAGACUGCACUGGAGAGACUGCCGGCGGCUCGGAAUGUGUGUGUGUGCGCGCGCGCGCGUGCCGGCGCGGGAGUGAGACGGGCCGUGUCUGGUUCUGUAAUGUGGCGCGUCGGCCGCCGGGUGGCGCAUCUCGGCCUGCACGCCUGCAGCGGGUCCGAGGCCACUGGGCUGUGUGCGCCCAGGCCCCGUUCACUUGCAUAACCCAGAUUUGGUAGACAGCGUCGGUGGAUUUUGGUUAGCCGUAGGUGGCGUUGGUUUUAACGAUAGGAAGACGAGUUGAGCAGUUUGAGCUUGCAGCUGACACUUUGGAACUGUUUUAACGGGCGCGGCCCUUGUGGUCCGUUUGCGAGAGUUUCGCGUCCAUCCCAGGUUAAGCCGUCUUAGCUAAGUGGCACCGGCUCGGGCUGCCAGUGACGCCCGCGCCACGUGGCCCGGUUGCUGAUCCGGACUCUGCCGCCAAUAUGCGGACCGCCAGCAGGGGAGCGGGCGCACCCCAACCAGGCAUAAUGUGCGCCGAAUGGACGUGGCUGGGUACGUCCCAUGUCUGAUGUAUGAACCCGGUAUGUUAUGGCUCGGCUGAGGAGCCUGCAGGACCCAACCGGCCGUCGUCGGACGUGGCGCCGCAUCGCGAAAUGUCGCACACUAUCGCUCACACGCGCCGCCGAUAGAUGGCGGUCGAGUUAGUUGCGGGCGCAUCCGUUCUAGGUCCAAACUGGUGCACGAAGUGUUGGUUCGUUCGAUUUGCAUAGAUUUCCUCGUUGACUUGUGAAGAUAGUCCUUUGUGUUUCGAUGCAUUGACCGGUUACAGUACUGGGCUAACUCGCCCGCUGCUUAGCUCGGGUGACCGGUACCCCACAUUUUGCCGUCACUCAGUUCAUGUGGCUUUUAGCGUCUUUCGUUUGGAAGGGACGGUAUCUCUUUAAGCCAUGCCAAUGGUUUUUUCUCACAGCUGAACCGAACCUGUGGUGUGGUGCUGUUUGUCGCUUGAAGCACAUACUUGUCAAUAAUCUGCUGCUAUUUGACUUUGGUAUCCUUAAUGAGGCUUUGUAUGUGUGGGGGUGCAAAAUACACGGUAAAUGUCACCACGA